UCAUUGGAUUGACCUCUUUUUUUUCCUCUUUGUCUCCGCUAACGAUGGUGAGACUUGUCAGACUUGCAACAACUCAAUAUAUAAUUUAACAAAUUGUAAAAAAAAAAAAAAAAAAAACAAUAAAUGUCCAUAGCAUUCUGGCAUGCCGAAUUUUAUUCAUUAUUUUUUUCCACUCAGUGGCAUGGUUAUUGGGCCGUGUGAAAUGUAAUUUCUAGGCCUGCAUAUUAAUAUGACUGGCGCGUGUCAUGUGUAUCCUACCAUAUGGAUGUGCCGGGGGGAGGAUAUGACAGCACCGGACAGGCACAAUUUAGAUUCAUUUUGAGUAGUACGGUUUAGUAGGCUAUCAUUGAGAACUGAUACCAGUUAAAGCCGAAUUGAAUCCCAAACCUUGGCGAGUGUAGCCUUAAUAUUAUACCACUUCAAAGACUCCGAUUCCCGGCAUGCAACAGAACAAAACAUUGCCUCCCUUCGCCUAUCCAUCGCGGCUUUUGGCACGCCCCAGCGGGGGUUCUAAGCUGAAAGGGUUCAUUGUGUCGGGUACUGAAUGGAGACUUUGCUGUUUAAUGUGUGGAUGUCGAACUCCGUCUGUUGUAGCCACAGGCAGGAUUAACUAGCCAGAUCGCUCCACACAAUCGCACACUGCCGUAUCUGAAUCAUGCACACUAUCGCAAAUAGCGCAAACUGGGAGUGGGGCGUUUAUUGUGCGCGAUACGGGUAAGGAUGCGGUUUUGAUCCGCUGUGAACCUGUGCAUUGUUCCACCGUGGAAAGAUGAAUGGAGAGACCGACAAAAAUCACGGAUUAACAAUGUAGUAGUGCUUUUGCCACGCAUCGGAUAUCACGUUCUGCAGGUUUCUGAAUUCUCACCCGUGGGAACCAGACUUUAAUGUGAUUGAGGCUUUCGUCCAUCGUGGAUUUCUCCACUCGACUUGUAUUUUCUGGAGGAAACUGUGGGAAAACGUGUUUCUGUCUGUAACAGAGGAAAACAGCGGACAAUAACAUGGGGAACGCUGAGAGUAUGGAUGCCCAGCUCACAGACUUCAGGGCGAGGAACAAGCCCCCCAAACUACCCAUGCCAGACCCUGCAGAAUUGGAGGAGAGAUUCGCAAUUGCCUUGAAUUCAAUGAACCUGCCUCCUGACAAAGUGAGACUACUGCGACAGUACGACAAUGAGAAGAAAUGGGAGCUGAUUUGUGACCAGGAACGAUUCCAGGUGAAGAACCCCCCACACACGUAUAUCCAGAAGCUCAAAGGCUUCCUGGACCCAGCUGUCACCAGGAAGAAAUUUCGCCGAAGAGUGCAGGAGUCGACCCAAGUGCUCCGUGAGUUGGAGAUCUCGCUGCGAACCAAUCACAUCGGCUGGGUGAGAGAAUUCCUGAAUGAGGAGAAUAAGGGUCUGGACGUGCUGGUGGAGUAUCUGUCCUUUGCUCAAUAUGCUGUCACGUUUGAUGGUGAUGCUCCUGAAGGCAAUCCGGAAGUUUCCGUGGAGACUCCUUGGAGCCGAUCCAUUGAGGAUCUCCAUGGCGAUAGUAACCUUCCCUCUCCAGUUAGUGGCAGCAACAUACCACGGUCCACCCGCCAUUCUCUGAGUAGGUCCAACACUCUGCCAAGCCGCAGGACACUAAAGAACUCCAGAUUGGUGUGCAAGAAGGACGACGUGCACGUGUGCAUCAUGUGUCUGAGGGCCAUUAUGAACUACCAGUAUGGUUUUAAUAUGGUCAUGUCCCAUCCACACGCUGUGAAUGAAAUUGCUCUGAGCCUUAACAAUAAAAACCCCAGAACUAAGGCUCUGGUGCUGGAGCUGCUGGCUGCGGUGUGUCUGGUGCGUGGGGGUCAUGAGAUAAUCCUGGCAGCCUUCGACCACUUCAAGGAGGUGUGCUCAGAGUCACAGAGGUUUGAGAAGCUGAUGGAACAUUUCAAGAAUGAGGACAACAACAUUGACUUCAUGGUUGCCUGUAUGCAGUUCAUCAACAUAGUUGUGCAUUCAGUAGAGGACAUGAAUUUCAGGGUGCAUCUGCAGUAUGACUUCACCAAGCUCUCACUGGACGAGUACCUAGAGAGGUUGAAGCACACUGAGAGUGAUAAGUUGCAGGUGCAGAUCCAGGCUUACCUGGACAACCUGUUUGACGUGGGCACUCUGCUGGAGGACGCAGAGACCAAGAACGCCGCGCUGGAGCGGGUGGAGGAGCUGGAAGAGAGCGUGUCUCAGCUGACCGAUAAGCUUCUGGACACUGAGAAUGAGGCCAUGUCCAAGAUAGUGGAACUGGAGAAACAGCUGAUGCAGAAGAACAAGGAGCUGGAGUCCACACGAGCCGUGUACCGAGACGCCAGCUCCCAGGUGCACACGCUGCGGCGGAUGGUGCGCGAGAAGGACGAGGCCAUCCUGCGGCAGAGCCGUCUGGAGAAGAAGCUGACGGAGCUGGAGCGCCGCAGCAGCCUGCAGAUCACCCAGCGGGGCGAGGGAGACGGCGAGGGGGGCGACUCCAGCGGCGGGGAAGGGGGCGCCUCGGCCUCCUCGUCCUCCUCGGCCCUCACCACCACCACCCUGCUCCCCGAACCGCCGCCUCCGCUGCAUGAGCUGAUGUCCUCCCCGGGGCCGGAAGAUUCUGGAUUAGCAGGAGCUGGUGGUGUUGUUGGGCUGUACAGUCCUGGUCUAGGAGGAGGUCUGCCACUGGGCGCUCAGGGGGGCAGAGUUACCCCUACCCCACCGCCACCUCCUCCACCACCGCCACCCAUGCCCGGGUCUGGGGAUAUGUUUAUGCACGGGUCUGGGGAUAUGUUUAUGCCCUCAUUUGAUACACUUGUAUCAAAUGGACCAUCGGCAGCUACCGCUGGACCUCCUCCCCCACCGCCCCCUCCUCCUCCUCCCCCUCCUCCACCCCUCUUUGGCCAUGCGCUGGAGAUCUCUGGUCCCCUGCCUCCUCCUCCUCCCCCCAUCGCACCCCCUCUGCCUGGCUGUGGCUCCCCCACUGUCAUCUUCAACUCUGGACUCACAGACGGACCGCUCAAGCUCUUCUCCGUGAAGAUCAAGAAGCCCAUCAAGACCAAGUUCCGUUUGCCAGUGUUCAACUGGGUCGCCCUCAAACCCAACCAGAUCAACGGCACGGUCUUCAACGAGAUCGACGACGAGCGGAUCCUGGAGGACCUGAACGUGGAUGAGUUUGAGGAGAUGUUCAAGACCAAAGCCCAGGGGCCGGCGAUGGACAUGACCCUGAGCAAGCAGAAGGCCCCGCAGAAGGGCCCCAACAAGGUGUCCCUGCUGGAGGCCAACAGGUCCAAGAACCUGGCCAUCACGCUGCGCAAGGCUGGCAAGAGCCCAGAGGAGAUCUGCAAAGCCAUCCACACGUUCGACCUGCGCACAGUGCCGCUAGACUUUGUGGAGUGCCUGAUGCGCUUCAUGCCCACGGAGUCGGAGGUGAAGAUGCUGCGUCAGUACGAGCGCGAGCGGCGCCCCCUGGACGGCCUGACGGACGAGGACCGCUUCAUGAUGCUCUUCAGCAAGAUCGAGAGGCUGCCGCAGCGCAUGAGCAUCAUGGCCUUCAUGGGCAACUUCAGCGACAGCAUGCAGAUGCUUACGCCGCAACUUCAUGCAAUCAUUGCUGCUUCUGUCUCUAUCAAGUCUUCACAGAAGCUGAAGAAAAUUCUGGAGAUCAUCCUGGCCCUGGGGAACUACAUGAACAGCAGUAAGAGAGGAGCUGUCUAUGGAUUCAAACUACAGAGUCUGGAUCUGCUCCUGGAGACCAAGUCCACGGACAGGAAGCUGACUCUGCUGCACUACAUAUCAAACGUGGUGAAGGAGAAGUACCCCAUUGUGUCUCUCUUCUACAACGAGCUGCACUACGUGGAGAAAGCUGCCGCUGUGUCCCUGGAGAAUGUGCUGCUGGACGUGCGGGAGCUGCAGAGGGGCAUGGACCUGACGCGUCGCGAGUACAGCAUGCACGGACACAACUCCCUCCUCAAGGACUUUGUCCACCACACCGAGGCACGCCUCAAGAAGCUGCAGGACGACGCCCGCAUCGCCCAGGAUGCGUUUGAUGACGUUGUGAAAUUCUUUGGAGAAGUUGCCAAGACGAUGCCACCCUCCGUCUUCUUCCCUGUGUUUGUUCGUUUCGUCAAGUCUUACCGGCAAGCGGACGAGGAGAACGAGCAGAGGAAGAAGCAGGAGCAGAUGAUGAUGGAGAAGCUUCUGGAACAGGAGGCCAUGAUGGAGGAGCAGGAGGACACGCAGUCACCGUCUCAUAAGGGCAAGCGGCAGCAGACGGAGCUGAUCACCGAGCUGAGGCGGAAACAGGGUAAAGACAGCCGCCACGUCUACGAGGGCAAAGAUGGCGCCAUCGAGGACAUCAUCACAGUGCUGAAGACCGUCCCAUUUACAGCGCGAUCAGCCAAACGGUGUUCGCGCUUCUUCAGUGACCCCGUCCACAACGAGGAUUUCCACUAUUAAACAAAAAAAACAAAAGCCCUCUCCUCCUCCUCAGCAAGGUCUGCGCAGCCAGCCCUACAGACGGAUGGAUGGGCUGAGGAGGAGUAUGAGGAAGAAGCUGGAAGAUCAGCUGCUUCAGUCACUCAGUGUGGAGGUCACUACCUAACUGUUGAAGAAAGUCAGAGAGAGCAGGGGAAAAGGAGAAUGGUGUUCCUCUCCCUGAAGGAAAUCUCAACCUUUUAUUUUAAAACUGUUUCUGGACUUAUAGCAAACAGUGAAGGAGUGAGGAUGUAAUAUAGUUUUUUUUUUUUUUAUGGGAAACUUUUGCCAAGUCGAUGUCCAGAACACUCCUACUGCUAAGGAGUGGAGUUGGCGAGGAGUCUUGGCACUAAAACAGACUUGUCACUUGUUAGCUCCAAUGUGAUUCUUCCCAGCUUCCCCUGUCCUAUGUUUUUGUUUUCUUUUUUGCUGGAGCUAGGCAAGUGCCCACCAUGCACUUUUUAACAGACUUUUAUCCGUCCGUAUUAAUCUGCAUUCACGUCUUAAGGAAGAAGGGAUGCGUGUGUCGAGUCAACACACUGGAGGAAGCUCUGGAGAGAAGACUGUUGUAGAAUCCUUGAGUGAAUCUGUGAAGGCAUGGCCAUCCCAUGUGCUAAAGAAAAAAAAAAGUAUGCAUUUUCAUUUGUGACACUGACUGUUGUUUCCUGCUGGUUGUGUUCACGUGAAUGAACGUCGUCAUGAGAGUUCGUUCUUUUUUUUUUUUAAUUAGGAAGUAAUCAUGUGAAAGAACAAAACAAAAAAAACAAUUUGUAAAUGUACAUAUAUUUUGCUACGAAAGUCGAACAUCUUAUUUUUUACAUCGUCCAUCCAUUGUAAUACUGUAAAUAUCACACGAGCCGAACUAACUAACCCCUUACGAUCCCUGAGCCUUUUUUAAGUUAUGUUGUUUACGUAGAUUUUAUUUAACACUGUGGUGAAGACUACCUUGGGUUAACUCCUAUGAAAAGUGUAUCUUCCCGUUCUUUGACCUAACAUCUCACUUCUCUCUCGUCACUCCUGUAACAUGUGAUAGAUUUGUCUGUCCUUGCACGUUAUUCACUGAAAACCUGAAUGGACACCGAGUAGCACACCUUCUUUUUCUACCUUGUUCCUGUACUGCAAAACUGGAACCCUGAUCUUUCAAUGGCUGUCAUCAAAUAAAACAACAAAUACUGUCACUUUAACUCUA